GGUGGGCUGCGGUGGGGGGAGAGGGUGUCACUCCUGACUCCACGGCUAAGUUAGCAGAAGUCUGCUGGCAGCACUCGGAAGGGGAAGUGUUGAAGCGGGCUUUUCUGCAGUGCAGGGCUGUAAUUUGCUGAAGGAGGCAAAGAACAUCCUUCGAUCUAAGUAGGGCUUUUAGUGUGCUCAUUGAUGAGUGAAAGUCGCCACACAUGUCAAGCUAAAGGCAGUUGUUGGGUUACUAACAGGACACAACGUCUUGCAAACAUAUGCGUUAAGCUGUGUAUACAGAUGGCAGGGAGAAUAAUGGAGCAGGCGCCUCUUAUAAAGCUCUAGCUGCUGCCUGUCUUCAGACCUGGGAAAUGAAACUAUUCAGACUCAGGGCCAGAUAGCGCCUGGGAUUGUUUGUUACCGUUUUAAUCCUAUUAAUUAAAACGUUAACCUGAUUGGGUAGAAAGCUCUGUCCCAACAGGCGAGUCUUCUUCAUAAUAACCUACUCUCAGAGAUAAUGAUGUAAAAGACUCCCCCGUCUGCGGCGGCUGCUGGUUGAUGGGUCCGGAAAUCUCUUGAAGGUGAAUCCAAGCAAGAUAAACGGUGGAAGCGGCUCCGCUGGCAGCGCACAAUGCCCCAGCGCGGCGCCUGCUGAGGGCGAGCCCGAGCCGGAGCCGCAGCCGCCGCCGGAGCCGCAGCCCGAGCCGGAGCCGGAGCCGCAGCCGCCGCCGGAGCCGCAGCCGGAGCCGCAGCCCGAGCCGCCGCCGGAGCCGGAGCAGGGGCAGCCGCGGCGCCGGGCACGGCGCAGCCCCGGCGGGAGCCGGGAAGCGAUUUCUGCCAGCGGGACGCCGGGGAGCCGCCCGCCGCGGCGCGGAGCCUUGGAGGAGCGGGCCGGGAGCUGAGGGGGGCGGAGGAGGCGGAGGCGGAGGCGAGCGGGGCGCCGAUGGAGCGGGCGCUGGGGCUGCCCGCAGAAGAGGACCUCUUCCACAAGAGCCUCGCCGCCUCGGCCAAGCGCAUGGAGUCCGCCUUCCGCUCGCCCCCGGGGCUCGACCUCUCCCACCCCCGCGACCGCCAGCCCUCGCCGCUCGCCUGCUACGAGGCGGCGGAGCCCGAGGCGCUGCUGCAGCCCGGCGUCGGCGGCGACCCGCUGGCGCUGCCGCCGAGCUCCGUCUGCGUCAAGUACGGCGAGAGCGCCAGCCGCAGCUCGGUGGCCGAGAGCAGCGGCGGCGAGCAGAGCCCCGACGACGACAGCGACGGCCGCUGCGAGCUGGUGCUGCGCGGCGCCGGGGGGGACCCGCGCGUCGCCUCGCCGGCGGCGGGCGGCGGCGGCGGCGGCGGCGGGGGGGGCGGGGGGCUGAAGGCGGCCGAGGGCGGCUGCUCCAACAGCCACGGGCACGGCGGCAGCAAGAAGUCCAAGGAGCAGAAGGCGCUGCGCCUCAACAUCAACGCGCGGGAGCGGCGGCGGAUGCACGACCUGAACGACGCGCUGGACGAGCUGCGGGCGGUCAUCCCCUACGCGCACAGCCCCUCGGUGCGGAAGCUCUCCAAGAUCGCCACGCUCCUCCUGGCCAAGAACUACAUCCUGAUGCAGGCGCAGGCCCUGGAGGAGAUGCGGCGCCUGGUGGCUUAUCUCAACCAGGGCCAGGCCAUCUCGGCCGCCUCCUUGCCCAGCUCCGCCGCGGCGGCGGCGGCGGCGGCGGCGGCCCUGCACCCCGCCCUCGGCGCCUACGAGCAGGCGGCCGGGUACCCCUUCAGCGCCGGGCUGCCCCCCGCCACCUCCUGCCCGGAGAAAUGUGCCAUUUUCAACAGCGUCUCCUCCAGCCUCUGCAAACAGUGCACGGAGAAGCCUUAAGCGCUGCCGCCGUUGCCGCCCCCCGCCGCCGCCGCGGCCCCGGGGAGCGGCGACAGCCGGCGGCCCGGCCCCGAGCCCGGUCCCGGGCCGGGGGGCGCGGGGGCGGCGGAGGGACUGACCGCUGCCCGGCCCCCGCCUCCCUCCGCCCGGCCUCGCCUCGCCUCCCUCUUCUCCGCGGGCUUGGCCGAGACGGGACCGCGACGGGAGCCGGCGCGCCCGCGGCGCCGGGGAGGGGGCGCGGCGGCGGGGGUGCCGCGGGGAGGAAGCCCAGGCCCGGGGGGUGCGGGGGGGCUGGCUCUCGCCGGGCGCCCGCUGCUCGCCCGGACAAAGGAGAGGCCGAGGCGCAGCGGGCCGGGCUGGGAGCCGGGGCUAGCACGCCGGGGAGAGGGACGGAGAGCGGCCCCUGCCCCGGUCUGCCAGCCCCCCGGUCCCGGCCCCUGGUCCCCGGUCCCGGUCCCGGCGAGGGGAAGGAAGGGGCCGCAGCGAUCCGGGCGCGGAGGUGGAUGGGACACAUCGGAGAGGGCACCUGAGCAUAGAAUUUUUUUUUUAUUAUUAUUAUUAGCAGUAUUAUUAUUAUUAUUAUUCUGAGCCAGGAAACAAACAAACUUGAAAUGUAAACUUAUUAUUUAAGCGACUCGCAGAAACAAAGAGACUGGACCAUUGCUAUGGAAGACUUUGUAUUUUUUAUCGUCUCUAAACUUUGAUCCUGUGAAAAUGCGCAAAGUUUGGUGAGAGUGAUUUAAAAAAAAAAACCGAGAGAGUUAAAAAAAAAAAGACAAAAAAUAACCGAUCAAACCCCCUACUCCGUGUGGCUGAAAGUAUCGCAUUUUUAAAAGAAAUAUUUAUGUGCACCUUGUUUCUUUCCACUUUGCAAUGAUGUAUAAACAAGACAUGCUAUUUAUUUGUUAUUCUUUAAAUGACCCUUCCACACCAACAAUAUUUAUCAUGUGUUAAGGUCACGGGUCUUAUGUGCAGUUACUUUAAAUGCUUCUAAAAUUCUGUUUAUGGAUUAACUUAAACUGUGUGCCAAGUGUUUAAAACAUUUAUUUGCCAACAACGUAUAACCAGAAAUGUUGAUGUAUCUGAGCUGCUUAGGUUUCUGAAAGGUCAUCUGGAUUUUAAGUUGCAUCAUCCCUGUAUUUAAAUUGAGCUUUAAUAAAUUGCUUCAGUCCAAAAA